CCUUGGCAGAUUGUACGAAACCUUAACACGACCCGGUUCGGUUCGGUUGUCUCCUAAUUAGGUGGUAGGUGUGUAACAAACAUUCCAACAAUCGAACGGGAUGUUUGGUGAAAAAAGUGGACCCGAUUCUGUGACAUUCCGAGGAUUUACACCGCCACCGCCAGAUGAGGAACUGCUGGAACAACGACGAGCCCGCGAUCUGCUCGGUGGAUCGGAGAAACCUCCCGAUGAUCCCGGGUCAUCGCCAAAGCUGUCGCUUUUCUUCGCGAGUCUGUGCGUGAUCGAUCUGUUUGGGGUGUUUCCCAUAGUGGCUUUGCCGAAAUCGAUCAUCUCCUGUGGAUUGUACGGAAUUCCGUUGGUUCUGUUUGUGGUAACGUUGCAGAGCUAUACGGCAACCGUUCUGGGCAGAUGCUGGACCAUUGCGGAAAAACUGGAUCCAUCGAUUGUGUCCAAGAACCGAUAUCCGUACGCGGCCAUUGCGGAAUUUACCUACGGGAAGCGGAUGAGUGUGUUCGUGACGGUGCUGUUGGACAUGACCGUGUUCGGCGGUGGCAUCCCGAAUCUGCUGGUGGCAUCCCAGAACCUGCAACUGCUGGGAUCGAAACUCACCGGAGGUGAAUUUGAAUUCUCCUUCUGCUAUUGGUUGGUGCUGAUUGGAACGUUUCUUUGCCCCAUUAUGUGGUUGGGAAGCCCUAAGAAUAUGCGGCCUUUGGCUAGUAUUUCGGCGGUGAUUUGCAGCAGUGUAGCCUUACUAACGUGGUUGUCAAUUGGUGAGGACACAAUCGCGACGAAUGGAAAUGGAACGGAGGAUUUUGUCCCUUUCAAGGGCAUUGAGCUGGGACUGCCUUCGUGGCUUCGACUGCUCAAGGCCUACGGAAUCAUUGCAUUCCAGUUCGAUAUUCAUCCCAUGCUGCUGACGAUCCAGGUGGAUAUGGAAAAGAAAAGGAAGAUCGGGAAGGCCGUCUUUCUGGGACUGAUGGCCACUUGUACGCUAUCGGCCGUGACUACGGUUUUUGCUGCCUACCGAUACGGAAUGGAUAUGACCAAUAAUGUGCUGCAAAUAUUGCCGAAAAGCUGGUCCCUGUAUACGACUAUCCUGUUGGUAACGCUGCAGCUGUGCCUGUCCAGUGCUGUGGGAAAUUCAGCGCUUUUCCAACAUUUGGAGGACGUUCUCGGUGCUUCCAGGGACUUCACCCUCAAACGAUGCGUCAUCCGUUCGACGCUGGUGUGGCUGGCUGUCCUGAUUGCUGAGCUCCUGCCGCGCUUCGAUGUGGUGAUGGGAAUCAUCGGUGGCACUCUGACGGGACCUCUCAUCUUCAUACUGCCUCCAUUGUUCUACCAGAAGAUGACCAACCUGGAAGCCAUUUACUACCAGGAAAUGGAACACAUCCAAAGCCGAGAAACGGUGGCUAGCGACGACCGGGAACCUCUGUUCCCGAGUGCCUACGGAUCAAUUAGCGCCAAGAGACCGCUGCCGACGGUGCACUGGAUGGGCGAUUGCUUCUCGUUCUGCUGUGAUUGGUUCAACCGGUUCUGCCAGUUUAUGUACAGCGAUUGCAUUCUGUCGGGCGCGGUAAUCAUGUUCGGAAUCGGUGCUACGCUGAUCUCCACGUACUACAACAUUUUCGACGUGACGGACAUUGGAACGCAGUUUUGGGGAUCAUGUGCCACCAACAUCACACUCCUUAGUGAGUUGUAGGGAAUUGUGGUGGGAAGUUCGAACCUUCCAAGCAGU